GUAUCUCGCUUCUGAAGAAAGAAAAAGGAAAGUUUUUUAAAGGCUCCGUGCAGCUGUGCGUUUUUAAGUCCUAAGCUGUUUCUGUGUAUUCUACCCAGUAACUGGUGAGAAAGCAGGUUCAGGGAUGCCAUUGGCUGGCUGACCCACGGCCUGCUCUAAAUCAUUCAUUGGAGAUCUUGUGACUUUGUGGUCCCCGAGUGGACCGGGUCCCAGGGACCGCAGCCCCCAGGCCGCGACUAACAGGAGGUGAAGAAAAGUUCCUUCUCCGCUUUCGGGAAGGUUUGGUCUGGUUGUGCCUGUGCCCAUGGGCGGGUUUAGGGGGAAGACGGACAACCGGAAAAUCAUCAUUUGAGCGUCAGAGGAGAAAAGAAAACGCAGAAGUUAAUUCUAGAAGGCUUCCCGUCCCUGCCUCUCGUGGGUGCUUAUGGAGCGAGCUGCUUCUCUGCAUUUCUCCCUGCCAGGCUCCCUUCUCUUCUUCCACCUCCUCAGCUUGUUUGCAGCGGUCUCAGUCCAAUUUACUGUCCUGGGACCAGCUGAUCCAAUUCAGGCCAUGGUGGGAGAAGACACCAAGUUACACUGCCACCUGUCACCUGAGAAAAACGCUGAGGGCAUGGAGGUGCGGUGGUUCCGGACGCAGUUCUCCCCUGCAGUGUUCGUGUACAAGGGCCAUCGAGAGAGGACGGAGGAGCAGAUGGAGGAGUACAGGGGAAGAACAACCUUUGUGAGUGAAGCUAUCAGCAAAGGGAGCGUGGGGCUGAUCAUACACAACGUCACAGCCCACGAUAACGGCAUCUACCGCUGUUAUUUCCAAGAAGGCAGAUCCUACGACGAGGCCAUCAUGUACCUGAUAGUGGCAGGCCUGGGUUCUAAGCCCGUUAUUGAAAUGAAGGGCCACGAGGAUGGAGGCCUCCGGCUGGAAUGCACAUCUGUAGGGUGGUACCCAGAGCCCCAUGCCGUGUGGAGGGACCCUUAUGGUGAGAUCAUGCCCCCGCUGGAGGAGGCUUACACUACGAACGAAGACGGCCUCUUCAUGAUCACCACGGCUGUGAUCAUCAUGGACGAGUCUGUGAGGAACAUGACCUGCUCCGUCAACAACACCCUGCUCAACCAGGAGAAGGAAACUGUGAUUUUCAUUCCAGAAUCCUUUAUUCCCAGCACAUCUCCCUGGCUGGUGGCCCUGACUGUCAUCCUGCCUUCUCUGCUCCUCAUCAUCGCUGGAAGCAUCUGUAUCGUCAAGAAACUCCAAAUGGAAAAAAAGCUUCUGUCCAUGCAAAUAGAGAUUGAAAAUGAAGAGAAAGAAAUUGCACAGCAACUUCAUGAAGAACUGCGAUGGAGAAGAAGCCUCUUACAUGCGGGUGAGCGCCUCUGACAUUCCCUCAGAUCCCGAGCUUUCUCCCCACCAGGCAGCGAACAGGACACAUUAGAGGAGAUGAACAAGGAGACCCAAGGCUGGCUAGCGGGGGCAGGAGCCUGGGGUCGAUUCACCAGCAGUAUCCUACCCAAUGCCGGAGCCUACCUCUGCUGUCAGGGAAGCCCUGCAGCUCUUAACCAACUCUAUAGCUUACUUCCCACCAUCCUUUCUUUUUUAGAAUAAUUUCAUCCAUGAUUACCAAAGGUCUACCAUAUAUAAUAGAUGUCCCAAAAGCUUACCUUUUAGUAGCUGUUGCUCUUUGGAUCCUGGCUUAAUUUGAAAGAAGACAAUACUGGCUUAGCUAUUUAUAACCUGGGCGGUGGUAUAGACUGCACAGUGGAAGAGCCACGUGUGGGAAAAGCAAUAAGCUUCCCAGGCCUGGCUGAGGGGUGUACAAAUAGGGACCAGAAAUGCCUUCCUGCUCCAAGAGAAUGCUGAUAACCCUGUGUGUAGCCUGCCAGUGGAGAGGACCUGGGCAGGUGGGAGAACACAGGGUCCAAUUGCCUGGUCCUAAUGAGCACUUUGAGUUUUAUGACUUGUCACGUUCUGCUCACAAGCAUCAAAGAAUGCAGGCUUUACUAGAUCCCACAGCACGUGGACCUUUCCUCUUUCGAAUUUCAAAAUUAUCACCAUCAGACAUAACAACUUGGAGAAAGAAGCAAAUCAUUUUAACACAGUGAUUUUGUGUUCGAUGUAGACUGACUAAGUAAUAGUAACUGCAGAUGGGAGAGGGCUGCAGAAAGUCGGGGGUCUGAGGCAUUUCCUGUAUGCAGAGAGGUCAUAGCUAUAGAUGUCACACCAUAAUAAUGUUAUUAAGGCAAAACUACCUUUUGCCAUACUCACCUCUCAGGCAAGUAUGGCAGGUAGACUUUGGGGGACAUUAUCCUUCUUUUUUACCCUUUGAGGGAUACGCUUAUUAGUCAUUUAAAUCAGUUGUCACCUGGUUAAACUGGUAGAACACAGAGGACCAGUGUAGGGACACUUUA